AUGCUUGGUCGCCGCCUAGCCUACGUCCUUGCAGGACUCGGAGCGCCAACGUGGGCAGCUCCAGUCCUGUCAAGGGCCGACACCAGCCCACAAUCAGUCCCUCAUGGCUGCAUUCCUGAAGUCUGGGAGCAAGCACACUUUUGCAUCAUUGCUCCUCCUACCACCACCAUCGGCCCGUCCAACAAAGCUCGAGACUCGGCAAACGAAUGGUUGGAGGUGAGGACUGCCGACACCCCUACCCCAGUGCUGGACAUCAAGGGCACUCCAACCAACGGCGACUGCAUACCAAUCGUCUGGAACGGUGUAUUCAUCUGCCUUGCUCCGCCAACAACGACCAUCGGACCCUCAACCAAGCGCAGUGAGCCCGAGGCACUGGCUGAGAGAGACACCCCAACCCCAACCACUUCGGACCCAACCCCAACGGACGGCAAGACUUGCGCUAUCUGGCAAGGUGUUAUCAUCUGCUGGCAGCCUCCAACGACUACAAUCGGGCCUUCUACUAAGCGACAUGAGGUCGACGCGGCUGAGGUGGAGAAGAAGGACCUCACUGGAGACAAGCACGGCGGUGGCUGGGGUGGAGGAGGCCUGAUUCCCGACACGCCCGUCCCCGGCGGGCCACUCGUUCCGGGGCCUUAUGUCCCCGGUGGGCCGCUCAUCCCAGGCCCCUAUGUGCCUGGGCACCCAGUGACCCCAGACCCAACGUAUCCUGGAGGAGAGGUCACACCGUCCACCUAG